AUGGUAAAUGCAGUCUCCUUCACACGAACAAUUGCAGAACAAGAUAUAGAAUACAGUAUCACCACUCUGUUCAGCAUCGACGGUGUUAUUACUCAGAAGAAGAAGGAGUCCAUGCUGAAUGACGAUGAUAAUGAUCUGCGGCGCAAGGCGGAAGAGCUGGUACCACGCCAAUACCACGAUCACUUGGAUGUGUUCAGUAAGGUCAGAUCCGAUGAGUUGUCACCUUCACGACCUGGAGUUGACCACAAGAUCGAUCUCGUGGGGAAGCCGGAAGACCUCGGUUACAGCCCCCUAUACAAGAUGUCUCUGGAGGAGAUGGAGGCCUGCCGGAAAUACAUUGUCAAAAACCUCUAG